AUGGAGGUGGAUGACGAGAGGCGAUCGUGGGAGGAAGACGAGGGAGAUGGCGACGAGGGCAGUGCGCGGCUGGCGUGGGAGCGCGACUACGAGCGGACGUGGGAGGUGGUCCAGGAAGAUGCCACCGGCGCACUCGACACCCACUCCUUCCUCCACUCCCAACAGCGCCUCCGCCGAGCGGAGAGGGAGCAGCUGGGCGGCGGGGCGGGUGGGCGGGUGGUGCGGCGCGGGAUGCAGCGGCACGUGUUCCUCGUGGUCGACCUGUCGCAGGCCAUGGACGACGCCCACGACAUGAAGCCCUCGCGCCUCGCCGUCACCCUCAAGAUCGUCGAGUCGUUCAUCAGGGAGUACUUUGAGCAGAACCCGAUCGCACAGCUGGGCAUCGUCAUCAUGCGCGACGGCGCCGCCGAGAAGCUCUCCGAGCUCGGCGGGAAUCCGGCGAGACACAUCGGGGUGCUCAAGGACAAGGCUCACGUGCCCAAGUACGGGAGCCGCGAGAUCGUGGUUCUGUUCGCAGGGCUGGCCACGUGCGACCCUACCGACAUCAAAUCCACCAUCUCCAAACUCAAGAAAGACAGCAUUCGGUGUUCGAUCGUGGGCUUGUCGGCCGAGAUUCACAUCUGCCGCGUCCUGGCCGAGUCCACCGACGGCACGUACGGUGUGGCGCUGCACGAGGGCCACUACCGGCAGCUGGUGUUCGCCCACGUCUCGCCGCCGCCCGCGCAGCCCCAGCAGGUCGCCUCGUCCCUCAUCCGCAUGGGCUUCCCCACCCGCAAGCGCGACCACUUCCCCUCCUUCUGCUCCUGCCACAAGAGUCUGCGGCGGGAGGGCUAUUGCGGGGCCAAGUGCUGCGAGCUGCCGAUGGAGUGCCCCGUGUGCGGCCUCACGCUGGUCUCCUCGUCCCACCUGGCCCGCUCCUACCACCACCUCUUCCCCCUGCCCCUCUUCCAAGCCGGGUCGUCCACGACGAGUGGCGCCGAAGUCUACGCGUGCCCGCGGUGCGCCCGUAGCUUCUGCUACGAGUGCGACGUGUUCGCGCACGACCUCCUCCACACCUGCGCCGGCUGCGAAGUCCGACCAUGA